AUGUUUCUUGUGUGUUUCCCUCGUCCAGAGGGUUCAAAAUAUUGCAGACAUUGGGCGCAUCGCGACAGUAAUAACACUGUAAAUCGAAGUGAGGUGACAGACAAAGAAGGUCCUCUACAGAUAAAAAGGAAUAAAAGCGUAUUUGGUACCAUUGGCAAAGACAAAACUGUGCCCGUUUCAUCUUCACCCCCGAUAAUGAACCACGUGACUGGACACUACCGAAAAAACGACGAUAAUCUUCCGAAUAACCAGAAUAUUAAUGCUAAUGAAGUAGAGGAAAUGGAAACUCAAGAAGUGACUACAAUGGAAUACAUCACAGAUUCUGGUGGUGCAGAAAUGGAGGAUACUCAGAAUGGGGAAGUGGUCAUUGGCCCCCAACCAGACCCAAAUAUGAGUGUCCAGGAUUCUGAUAUGGAAGAAGAUGAUGCCCGCUCAGAAGCAACUUUUAAAUAUACUGUUCAAAAUUUCAGUAAACUGAAGGAUUCAGUUCUGUCGCCGCCAUGUUUCGUGAGGAACCUUCCAUGGAAAAUAAUGGUGAUGCCGAGGAACAGCCAUGCCCAAGACGGCCGCCCUGACCGACCCUCCCAGCGAUCUCUGGGCUUCUUCCUGCAGUGUAACGGAGAGAGCGAAUCCAGCUCUUGGUCCUGCUAUGCCGUGGCCGAAUUGAGGCUUUUGGCCGUCCGACCUGACGUCGAUCAUUUUUCGAGAAAGAUCCAGCACUUGUUCUAUUCCAAGGAAAACGAUUGGGGAUUCUCCCAUUUCAUGGCCUGGAACGAUGUGUUAGAUGUUGAAAAAGGCUACAUCAAAGAUGACGCCAUCACCUUGGAAGUGCAAGUGAUGGCCGAUGCUCCUCAUGGGGUGUCGUGGGACAGCAAGAAACAUACAGGAUAUGUGGGUUUGAAGAACCAGGGCGCCACCUGCUACAUGAAUUCUCUGCUCCAGACCCUGUACUUCACGAAUCAGUUGCGGAAGGCCGUUUACAAAAUGCCAACCGAAUCGGAUGAUUCGACCAAGUCUGUGGCCUUGGCGUUGCAGAGAGUGUUCCACGAGCUUCAGUUCUGUGACAAACCUGUCGGAACGAAAAAAUUGACAAAGAGUUUCGGAUGGGAAACGUUGGAUUCGUUUAUGCAACACGACGUUCAAGAAUUUUUGAGGGUGCUCUUAGAUAAAUUAGAAAGCAAGAUGAAAGGUACAUGUGUAGAAGGGACUGUUCCUAAAUUGUUUGAAGGAAAGAUGAUCUCGUACAUUAGAUGUAAAAAUGUCGAUUAUUCUAGUACCAGAUCUGAGACCUUCUAUGAUAUUCAACUCAAUAUAAAAGGAAAAAAGAAUAUCGACGAGUCCUUCAAGGACUAUAUCGCCAAAGAGACCCUCGACGGCGACAACAAGUACGACGCCGGCGAGCACGGCCUUCAAGACGCCGAGAAGGGCGUCAUCUUCUCGGCCUUCCCGCCCGUCCUGCACCUGCACCUCAUGCGGUUCCAGUACGACCCCAUCACCGACAGCUCGGUCAAGUUCAACGACCGCUUCGAGUUCUACGAGAAGAUAUCGCUCGACAGCUAUCUGCAGGAGCCUGACGCCGCCGAUCCGGCCGAUUAUACGCUGCACGCCGUGCUGGUGCACAGCGGGGACAAUCACGGGGGGCACUAUGUUGUCUUCAUCAAUCCCAAAGGUGAUGGAAAAUGGUGUAAAUUUGACGACGACGUGGUUUCGAGGUGUACAAAACAAGAAGCGUUAGAACAUAAUUAUGGUGGACACGAUGAAGACAUGAAUAUGACGGUGAAGCAUUGUACCAAUGCAUAUAUGUUGGUUUAUAUUCGAGAUUCUGAGCUACAUAAUGUUCUGCAAGAAGUCACCGACGCCGACAUCCCGACCGAGCUGGCCGACCGCCUGGCCGAAGAGAAACGGAUGGAGCAGGUGCGCCGCAAGGAGCGUAACGAGGCCCACCUCUACAUGACGAUCAACGUGCUGCUGGAGGACGCGUUCGACGGCCAUCAGGGCAACGACCUCUACGACCCCGAGCGCGCCCUCUUCCGCGUCUUCAAGAUCAAGAAGAUGGCGACCGUGGCCGAGAUGAUGGAGAUGCUGGCCGACGCGUUCAAGUACCCGCCCGAGCAGAUCAGGCCGUGGCCGUUCAGCCAAAGGUCCAACCAGACGAUACGCCCCAGCGUCCAGGACCUCGAAGCCGACCUCCACAAGCCGGUCAUCGACGCCGCCGAGAACAUGAACCCGUGGAACGUGUUCCUGGAACUACUGCCGUCCGAUUCGGGCCAAUCGGCGUUGCCCGCCUUCGACAAGGACACCGACGUGCUGCUCUUCUUCAAGAUGUACGACCCGAAGCAGAAGAAGAUCCACUAUUGCGGCCACAGCUAUCUGCCCGUGACGAGCCAGCUGAGCGACCUGGUGGGGCUGUUGAACGAGAGGGCGGGUUUCCCGCCCGACACGGAGCUGUUGCUCUACGAAGAGAUCAGGCCGAACAUGAUCGAGAAGAUAACGAAUUUCAACGAUCCGUUGGAAAAGGUAUUAGAAGAAUUAAUGGACGGUGAUAUAAUAGUUUUCGAGAAGGAAGAACGAGAAGAACUCUCCGACCUACCCACAUGUAUAGAUUAUUUCAAGGAUUUGUUUUACCGUGUAGAAGUGACUUUCAUCGAUAAGUGCAUACCGAACGACCAAGGUUUCACGAUGGAGCUCUCGCAAAGAAUGACAUACGACCAGUUCGCCAGGGCGGUCGCUCAAAGGGUCGGGACGGACCCUUAUUUGUUGCAAUUUUUCAAAUGCCAGAGUUAUAAAGAUAGUCCAGGCCACCCGCUUAGGUGUACGUUCGAGGGUACCCUGAAAGACUUGUUAGUAUAUACAAAGCCAAAAGUUCCCAAAAAGAUAUUUUAUCAGCAGCUUAGCAUUCGUGUCAAUGAAUUAGAAAAUAAGAAACAAUUUAAAUGUAUUUAUGUGGGUCCUAAAAUGAAGGAAGAAAAAGAGCUUAUAUUGUAUCCGAAUAAGAAUGGAACGGUUGCGGAUUUAUUAGAAGAAGCUAAGAAACAAAUUGAGUUCGGGGAAGGAAGUACAGGACGACUUAGGUUGACGGAAGUAAACGGUAAUAAAGUAACGAUGGGUCCAAAAGAGGACUCGUCUCUAGAAUCGUUAACUGUCACCGCAACGAAAAUAUAUAGGGUAGAGGAAGUGUCGAAGGAAGAGUUGACCAUCGCCGAUGACGAGAUGCUCGUGUCUUGUGCUCACUUUCACAAAGAGGCCUUCUCGACCUUCGGUAUACCUUUCCUCGUCAAACUCAAGCAAGGAGAACCCUUCGAUAAAGUUAAGGAACGAAUUCAGAAAAAACUGGCUGUGCCUGAAAAGGAAUAUGAGAAAUUCAAGUUUGCAAUUGUAGCUAUGGGCAGGGCUCAACCUAUCCAGGAAGAUGAAUAUGUGGUGAAUUUAGCUGACUUCAAGACGCUUCAAAUAGGCAACCCAAAGCCUUGGCUAGGUUUAGACCACGUGAACAAGGCCCCGAAGCGGUCGCGAUUCAAUUAUCUAGAAAAGGCGAUCAAAAUCUACAACUGA